CCCAAGUGCAGCCACACCUUUGAGGCAGCAGCACGAUGUCGUACCCGCAGCAUGGAGGAGGAGUGCCAUCUUCAGGCAAACGACAGUAUGGAGGGAACUCCGGUGAGAUGAAUGAUCAGAAGCGCUAUCGACAGAGUGAGGAUGGAGGUAGCAACAGCAAUCCGUCCCGGGCGAUCGUUGUGCGCGGCCUUCCUAACGACUGUCUCGAGAGCGAACUCCUGGCACUUGUGGGUCCGUUUGCGACCGUGGAAAAGUGCGUCUUGUCCCCUUCGAAGAACGAAGCGCUUGUGCACUUGCCCGACUUGGACUCGGCGACGAACCUCGUGACGUUCUAUCAAAAACGUGAUGCACUUCUCCGGGGACAGAAGGUCGUGUUCUCAUAUGCACCUCCGAGUCGCGAUUCGUACGCUUCCUCUUCACAUACCUCAUCCUCUGGUCCUCCACAAUCUUCCUCUCGCAACAGCUACAACAAUGGCCCGUCUUCUUCCUCACGCCCACCGCCGCAGCAACAAUCAUCGACGUAUGACCGUCCGCGUUCCGAAUCUCGCUCAGAUCGCUAUCCUCCGUCGUCUUCUGGUGUCGACCGUCGCAGCGACUUGGGCCCUCCGCCUUCUUUGAACUCAUACGAUUACCGCCGAGGCGGACACUCGUCUCCUUCGACAUACGACCGCUCCCGUGCUCCACCUCCACAAUCGUCCGAGUUUGACCGACGCCAUGAAGGACCUCCACGCUACCAAGGCAGCGUUGGUGGUCGCGGCAAUGCUCCGCCGUACGAUUCGCGCGCGCCCCCUUCCACUUCUUCCUACGAUCGCAACGCUCCAGCCACUUCUUCCUUUGAUCGCCAUCCACCAUCUUCCUACAUGUCCGGGCCGCCUCCAUCGUCUUCGUUCGACCGGCGAUCCUUUGACCGUCCCGGACCUGCUUCCGCCUAUAGCUCGUACGAUCAUCGCCGCUCACCAAAUGCAUCGUUCGACCCGCGAGGGCAACCGCCGCCGCCCUCGUCGUAUCCAGCGUCGGCGGCGCCGGCGCCGUUCUCGGGGAAGAACACCAUCUUGAUGGUGUCCAUCUCCAAGAUGGAGUACCCCGUCAAUGUCGACGUGCUGCACCAAGUGUUUUCCAAGUACGGCACCGUGAUGAAGAUUGUCACGUUCAUGCAGCGCGGCGAGUUCCGAGCACUCGUCCAGUUGCAGACGGCCGAGAUGGCCGAGACGGCGCUGGGCGCCCUGAACGGACGCGAAAUUUACACGGGGUGCAAUACGCUGCACAUUCAAAUGUCAACGCACAAGUCGCUCAACGUGCAGUGCAACAACGACAAAAUGCGCGACUACUUCAACCCGAACUUGCCGUCGGUCGACCCUGCCGAGCAGGUGGGGGAGCCACCCGCGCGGGGAAUGCUCGGGGACGUGCCGAGAAGGGGUGGCUUCGACCCUGUCUCGGUGGACUCUCGGAAUGGCCGCGAGUUUGCAUCGCACCAGCCUCUGCAUGGCGGUGGUGGAGGCCCGUACCAAGCACCCAACGCUCCGUUUCAUCGAGAGGACAUGCGCGGCGACACGCGGUCGGGAUCCCGUCGCAGCCGAGACCGGCGCAGUCGGAGUCGCGAUCGCGGCGACGUAGUCGGCGGCGAAGACUAUCGCGGUCGAUCCAGCGUUCUCAUUUGCAGCAACUUGGAGCCGCAUUUCGUGAAAUGCCACAGUUUGUUUACGUUGUUUGGAUGCUUUGGCGACGUCAUUCGCGUCAAAGUUAUGUUUCGCAAGGCAGACUCGGCGCUCAUUCAGUUUGUCGACGAGCGCCAUGCGCAGUCGGCGCGGGACCACACGGACGGUGUCGUGCUCUGCGGUCGGAAGCUCCGCGUGGAUUUUUCGAGGCAUUUGACGGUGGUCAUGCCCCGGCCGGAUGCAGACGAGUUUGAAAUUCAAAACACGCGCGACUUUUCCAACACGCCGUACCAUCGGUACCGCAAGCGGCCGCUGUCGGAGGUCGUCCCGGCCACGACGUUGCUCCAUAUCUCGGGCAUCCCGGUCUCGAUGCAGCUGCAGCCGGGUGAUACGGUCGCGUCGUCGCGGCUCCUUCGCAUGUUUGCCGAGUGGGGCGUCGUGAAAAAAGUCCACCCGAUUGCCAAGCAGCCCAAGAUGGUGCUUCUUGAAAUGGGCACGAUCGAAGAAGCGUUUGAUGCCAUGAUUGCCCUCGACAACUUUACGUUCAACGACGGUCGCAUCCGGGUGUCGUUUUCCAAGUCGUACCAGCGACAGUAGGUGCUCAGGCCAUGGGGUCUUGGCGCACGAGUUGGAGAUCCUUUGCGCCCAAACGUCCUCCCCUCCUCCUGUGUCGCCAAGUGCUGCCAUGAUGCUCGCCAUGGACGACGCCUAUUCACUUUGCAGGGUCGGGAAGCGUGUAACUCAAUCUGACAACCCUUGGGCAGGUCCACAUAAACCAUGAAAUCCCGCACACUAUAGCG